CACCAUCAUUUGGGGGCCUUGCAGCCUUAAAACAAUGUCGCGCAGUGAUGACGUCCUCUCUACCCGCUGUCCGAAAGGAGGAAAGGAAGUUUAGGUCCGCCAUCCAUCCAAAUCUACAAUGGCCGAGGAAGGCAUUGCUGCCGGAGGUGUGAUGGAUGUCAACACCGCUCUCCCUGAAGUGCUCAAGACCGCACUUAUCCACGAUGGCCUUGCCCGUGGUAUCCGUGAGGCUGCUAAAGCCCUGGACAAGCGCCAGGCUCAUUUGUGCGUCCUUGCCGCCAACUGCGACGAGCCCAUGUACGUCAAACUGGUGGAGGCCCUCUGUGCUGAGCAUCAGAUCAACCUAAUUAAGGUUGACGACAAUAAGAAGCUGGGCGAGUGGGUUGGUCUGUGCAAGAUCGACCGUGAGGGUAAACCCCGUAAGGUGGUGGGCUGCAGCUGCGUUGUCGUCAAGGACUAUGGCAAGGAGUCUCAAGCCAAGGAUGUCAUUGAGGAAUACUUCAAGGCCAAGAAAUAAGAGAAUAAACUGUUGAAACGGUG